AUGUCCUCAAACGCACCAAUCGCGCCGGCCAAGAUUCCUGCCGAUGAGCUACCUCAACUGUCCACGUACACGGCCGAGUCGCAAGAAGACCGCGUCGAAGGUCUGCGCCUGGUUGCAGAUUCGGUAGCACAACAACGCCAGGUCGCAAGCAAGGUGAUGAUGUUCCAUCCCGUCUCACUAGCCGCCUAUGUUGUCACUAUCGCCAUUGCAGCGCAGUACAUGAUCCGCUGGUACGAAGACAGGCUGAUGCUUGCGACGACCCUUGGGGGUAUCACCAUGACGUUUCUGAUUUUCAUUCGGUGGAUGACAGGUGGUUACAUUGGCAUGGCGGAAGACAUCGACAUGGAGUGGCUGGGUGAUGACAGGCUUAUUGUUGUGAAGUGGGGCGAAGACGUCAUCGGCUCGUUGGUUCUAGGCUGGGCAGACAAUGAUGCAGCGAAGAAGCGCGGCCGAAGAAGAAGGGGCAAAGCCGUCGUAAGGGCUUGGACUGUCAAAUUGAAGUAUCGCGGCAAGGGCGUUGGCGAAGGUCUGUUGGAAGAGGCUGUCAAGGUUGCGGGUGAAAGGGGUGCAGACGGCAUUCUCUUCGAUGCCGACCAUGCCAUAGACUCUAAGCGUGUCCUCCCCUCCAUCUUCAACGGUUUCCUCAACAAGCAAGACGCAAAAGCCGAAAAGGCCCUCCAGAAAGUUGCUGACGCAAAAGGCAACUUCCGCCAGCGUCAAAGCUCACCCACCUGGGGUAGCAGAUAG